AUUCACUGUUGUUUUGCCUUGUGUUUAGCCUCAGUCUUCUGUUUUCCCCGGACUACAUUCCCCAUAAUUCACUGCCCUCAUCACUGCCAGCUGUUCCCAAUUGUUCUCACCUGUUUUUCAUUACAUCAUUAAUCCUUGUUUAUAUAAUGCCCUGAUGUCUGCUCAGUCUUUGUGUUGUGUUUUUCUCCAGUUCAUGUUCUGGUUGCUAUUUUGUUUGUAACGUUUGUUUUGUUUCCCAGUUCCUAGUCUUGCCCUGUUCCAGUGUUACCCUGUUUUUUGUAUUUGAUUUAUUUGUUAUUAAAGUUAAGCUGCAUCUAGAUCCCGCUCUCGUGACUUCCUUCAAACAUGACAGUGACUGUUAAUGUCUGAUGUUAAAGCCUUUGAUCUCUCGACAACUGCUUUUCAUAUGAGAUGACAAAACAGAAAACCACAGAGGAAUGGAGGAAAAGUUACAUGCAAAAUUAAAAACCAUAUCCUCAUGAGGUAGUUAGACAUACACAAGUAUUUGGACAGACUCAACAUAUCUUCACCAGGUGUUAUUGAGUAAACUGAUGCUGGAGAUGCUGUCAGGGACGAAGUGGAACAACUGUGGCCUCCUGCUCAUUUUAUUUUUCUGCAAAGGCUGUAUUAAACCUUCUGUCUCUUAUGCCUCCAAUGCAGUCACUGUGGCCUGUAAUGGCUCUUUAUGCAAAAAUGCAAACACACUUUCUAAACUAAAUUUGGAAAACUUAAAACAUGUGGACAAUGUCGUCCUUGUGGGUGCAGAUGGUUUCGUGGGACAAAUGAGCAAAGAUGAUUGCAGGUCAAACAACAAUCACCAGAGCUCAGCAAGUGGGUCACGUGUCUCCUGUCCUCAUAGUACUUGUCCACAAAGUGGAUCAGGAAAUGGAAAAUUGUUUGUUUUAUUUGGCACAAAUAAUUUAACUUCUGCAAACAAACGUCCCAGUGACUUUGGUGUGUCUUUAUCAGAAAGCACACAGUACGAGAUCACUAUACAAAGAAACAAAAUGCCUCAGUAUGUCUGUUUGAUUGAAGGUCAAUGCAGAUGUUCCACUUGGGCAAACUGGAUUAAUACAGUUUUUUUCAGUUGCCAUGAAAAUGGCCCUGCAGAUCGUCUUGCAAUUUGGACUCUUCAAGACUCUUCAUUUUUACUGAUAAACGACUCGUGUAAUAUGACCUGCCUGAAUCCCUUAAAGACAUGCCAGAAUACAGACUACACGAGCAAUAACAGUUGUGAUAAUAUAAAUAUUAUAAAAAUCCCAAAACAAUUUGGACCUGCUUCUUGUUCUAAGUAUGGAAGUCCUACAACAAAAGUGCCACCAAUUUCCAUACCAUCGCAAAUGAUGAGUAAAUUUAAUAAAACCAAGAUAGAUCCUGAGGCUGCCGUUGGGGUUAUGAAAAACCUCUCUGACCUGCUGACCCUGAUGGGGAAUGAGACCUUAACAUCAGUCAUCAUAGGCAACGUUCAGGGCAUUUUAAAGAAGAUUGAGAAUCAGGCUGAUAUCAAAACAGCUGCAUUCGUCUACUCUGCAGAAAGCAGUGUCACUGUCAUAAAUGAUUUGGACGAACUGAAAAAGUAUCCCAAUGCUUUUGUUAUUCCACAAGAAGCCAGUGUGAAAGCAUUCAAUCAGACUGCAGGAAAUGCUUUCCUGGGUGUGUUCCGAUUUCCCAACAUGGCACAGGAUGAGAACAGCAGUAAGGUUUUAAAUAAUGAAGUUUACGCAAUUGAAAUGGGGACCAAAAUUUCUAAUCUAAAUGAGAGUAUCAGUUUAACCUUCACAAAUGCACAGACGAAUGGUACUCCUGUUUGUCAUGCAUGGGAUGGAAGUGGAAAUAAGCCUAACUGGACAACUGAUGGGUGUAAUACUGCUAUUGAAGGAAAUAAGAUCACUUGUACAUGUGACCACUUGACUUUCUUCGCUAUCCUUAUGGCUCCUCCAGCUAUAAACAUUCCUCAGCAAGAUCUCAUCAAUCUCACAUACAUCACUUACAUCGGCUGUGGCCUUUCUAUGUUCUUCCUGGGCAUCGGCCUCUUCAUGCACUUCUUAUUGAGGAAAGCAAAAGCUAAUAACUCAGUCCGCGUGUUGAUGAAUCUCUUUAUGGCACUGUUCCUGCUUAAUGUGGCCUUCCUGUCCAAUGAGUACGUAGCACGUGCAAAGGACAUCACCGCCUGCCGGGUUAUGGCUGGAUUCAUGCAUUUCUGCCUGCUGGCCACUUUUACCUGGUUUGGUGUGGAGGCUUUUCACCUCUGCAUGCAAAUGUCCAAAUACUCAGUCACCAUCAAACAUUACAUCAUCAAGAUUACUGUGGUUGGAUGGGUUCCAUCUGCUCUUUUAGUGACCAUAAUUUUCUUCUUGAGCAAAUAUGGUGAGCAGACCAUACAGACGGACACAAGUAAUAACGCAACCAUGUGCUGGAUUUUAGACUCCACUGUCCACUAUGUCGUGAACAUCGGUUACUACUGCUUCAUCUUCAUCUUCACCUUCGGCACCUUCAUUGUGGUGCUACGGUGGCUCUGCAUGCUGAGGGUGAACAAGUGGAACAAGACUGUCAAUGUGAAGCGCUCAGGAACGGCAACCUCUGACAUCACCACCAUCAUGGGGCUCUGCUGUCUGCUGGGACUCACCUGGAGCUUCACGUUCUUCAGCUACGGAGCUCUGCGUGUGCCCUCAUACUACAUCUUCUCCAUUCUGAACUCCUUCCAAGGAUUCUUCUUGUUCAUAUAUUACCUGAAAACAAGCACCCUCAUUGGGGACGCAGCGCCUACAGAAAGUAGCAGCAUGACUGGAGAGACCAAAACAGAUAAUCCAUAUGAAAACCAACUGUCAACAAUCAUCACAAAUUCCUGUGACAAAUAAGACACCUUCAUAUCUGCAAAUCUGAAAUGAUAUAUCUGUGUAUAGAUUUAUACUAUUGAAAUUCACUUAAAUUAUUAAUUUGAGCCAAUAUUCAGGUCAAGUCAUUUUUAUUUGUUUAGCACUUUUCAUAAUACACAUAGUUUCAAAGGAGCUUUACAGAAGGUUAUGCCUUCAUUUUUUAAUGCCCCCAUUGAAUAACUUUAUUAAAAUAAUGCCUUUAUGUCUUUAAUGUCUUUAAGCAAUGCAAAUCAUUCCUAUUAUGUAUGGAACUAUCUCUGAUCUUAGGACGAUUAGUAAAUGCUGGAUAACAGGGUUGGGCAAAAUUCAAAAUGUAAGGCUUAUUUAAGUUCACAAGUUGGAAUUUGAAUUUAUAGGUGUUAUAUGGACCAUAUAAUAAUAAAAGACAAAUUAUGAAAUAUAACGAAAUAUAGAUUUCAAACAUUUAUUAGUAAUAUCAUCAAAAGGUUCUGGAAAUACUCCAUAUGUUGUGUGUAUGAUAACAUGUUAACAAUUGUGCAUCCUGUUUCAAGUUCAGUUCAGUUUUUAGGAAUUGAAUUGUAAUUUUAAAGGAAUUCUCAAUUAUUAAUUCAAUUAUUAACCCAGGGUGUGUAAUAGUAUAUUAGAAUCUACUCUUGUGUAGUAAAGGCCUAUAUAUUUUAUGUUCUUGUCUGCAGUUAAACAGUAUGUAAAAGGCUGCUUCAUGUUUAACCGAUUUAACUGAUCAUAUGACUGCACGUUGUUAUUUUAUGUAUAUUUUUUUGCUUUACAUUGUACAUUAAUACUACUACAAUACAACAAUUCCCCCAAUUAAAUAAUGGCUAUUUUUCUAUAAUAACUAGAUUUUGUCUAAGUUAAAUAAUAUGAUCUUUUAAUCAGCUUACCUUGAUAAUUAGCUGAUUUAUCUUCUAUCUUUUACAUUAGAUUGAGUCAGUGUGGGGCUGCUGAUA